AGUGAAGACAGGAGUGAAACAAGGCUGUCUACUAUCACCCAUGAUAUUCCUGAUUGUGGUCGACUGGACUGGAUCAUGCAACAAACAGUGGGGGGUGAGAAGAGGGGGAUACGCUAGCUGGACUGCGGAAACGAACUUAGUAGACUUGGAUUUCGCCGAUGACUUGUGUCUGAUGUCGCACAAACUGGAAGAUCUGCAGACGAAAACUAACAAGUUGACAGAAGAGGCAGGGCAGCGAAGACGGGACUUCAAGUGAAUAUAGAGGAGACAGAGGUGAUGAAGAUACCCAACGAAGAACAACAGCAACAACCAGCUCAAAUCAUCAUGAACGGGAGAAACUUAAGAGAAGUAGCCUGCUUCACCUAUCUAGGCAGCACUGUUUCAACUACAGGCGGCACAGGCACAGACGAGGACGUCAAAGUCAGAAUCGGAAAAGCAAGACAGGCAUUCAUUAGGCUGAAACCAGUGUGGAGAUCUUCUGCACUCAGCAUGAAGAGAGAACGAGAUCUGGAUUUUCAACACCAAUGUCAAAUCAGUGCUCCCAUAUGGUUCAGAGACUUGGCGCGUUACGAAGGGGAUUUCCAACAAACUACAGACAUUCAUCAAAAAACUGCCUACGCUGGCUCAUUACUGAAGCUCAGAUGGCCAGAAUAAUAAGACUAAGCAACAAGGAACUCUGGCUGGCUGAUGACGAACCAACCAAGAAGCUAUCACUGAACAAACAUGCAGUGGAAGGAAGUGGAGAUUGAUUGGGCAUACACUGAGAAGG